AUGCAGGUGGGAGAAAAGAGGAACCUCGGACGAGCUCGUGUGAGAGCCAGAGGGAAGGCCUUCUCGGGAGAGGAAGGGACACCUGGCUCUUCUGAACCAGAAGUCUUGGGGAAUGGAGGCCCCGUUGUGGUGCACUCAGAAGAAAAUGCUGCUCAGAGCCAAGCGGGAGCUGGGAAAAACUCUCCUAAAUAUGGCUUUUCUGUUGGAGAUUCUGGUUACAAAGUGAUGGACCGAGGGGGCAGAAUUCGCCGCAAUUUCCAAGACAUGGGAGUGAAUACACGACAGACAAUGGCACAUGUGAAAAAUGCCAAAACAGGAUCCAGCGGCAUUCCUGUCAAAAUCAUAGCCAACCUGUUUGGUUUAUGGUUGCCUAGGGACUGGCAGCUCUACCAGUAUCGCGUUGAAUUUAGCCCACAGCUGGAAUCCAAGCGCUUGCGGCUUGCUUUAUUAUACAGCCACACCGAAUUUCAACUAAAAGCCAAAGCAUUUGAUGGAGCGACGCUGUUCCUUGCACAUAGAUUAGAAAACCAUGUCACAGAAUUGUCUUGUGAAACCCGAAGAGGAGAAACCAUCAAGAUCACUAUUACACUGGUCCAUCAGCUGCUUCCAAGCUCUCCUGUGUGCAUCCAGUUUUUAAACGUCAUCUUUAAAAAGAUUUUGAAAAAGUUGUCUAUGCACCAAAUGGGCCGAAACUUCUACAGUCCUUCGGAUCCGAUAGAGAUACCGCAGCACAAGCUGACCAUUUGGCCAGGCUUUGCUGUAUCCGUUGGGCACUUUGAGAACAGAGUGAUGCUCUGUGCGGAUGUGAGCCAUAAAAUCCUACGCAAUGAGAAUGUGCUGGAGUUCAUGACCAGUAUAUAUAACAGUGUGGACGCGGCACGUUUUGCAGAGACGUGCGAAAAGGAACUCUUGGGGCUCAUUGUUCUGACCAGAUACAACAACAAAACCUACCGAGUUGAUGACAUUGAGUGGUCCGUGAAUCCAAAGCAUACGUUCCAGAAACGUGACGGCACUCAGAUCUCUUAUGAAGAUUACUACAAGCAGCAAUAUGAUGUAGUCUUGAGUGACCUAGAGCAACCAAUGCUCGUUAGCCAGUUGAAGAAUAAGCAUGGCAGCAGCACUAUUGAGCCCCGUGUGGUCCUCCUGGUUCCUGAGCUCUGUUACCUGACAGGUUUGAGCAGCCGCGCAACUUCAGAUUUCCGUUUGAUGAAAGAUUUAGCUCAGGAAACUCACUUGACCCCGGAAAGCAGACAACAGAGGCUGUCUAGACUUGCUGACGACAUUCAGAGAAACAAAGACGCUCGCUUAGAGUUGGAGACCUGGGGACUGCAGCUGGGGUGUCAAGUUUCUCUCACUGGCCGCGUAGUAACAACCGAAAAAAUCCUAAUGCAUGAUGUGGUUAUGCCCAUGAGUGCUGGCGACUGGUUCCGAGAUACGCGUAAUGCCAAGGUCAUGGGAGUGACACCUCUGGAGAACUGGCUUGUGGUGUUCGGCCACAAAAAUUCAGAGUUAGCCCAUAAUCUCGUGAACUGCUUGAGAAGAGUGGGAGGCCCCAUGGGCUUUCGCGUUGAAUAUCCCAAAGUCUUGCAAGUACAAGAAAACCCUGUGGCACUUGUGCGAGCCUUGCGCCAGCACGUAAAUCCAGAGAUGCAGCUGGUGCUUUGCAUACUUCCAUCGAAUCAGAAGGAGUGCUAUGAUUCUAUUAAGAAGUACUUGAUCCUUGAGCAUCCUGUACCCAGCCAGUGCGUUCUUGCUCGUACCCUAAGCAGGCAGGGCAUGUUGAUGAGUGUGGCUACAAAAAUUGCAAUGCAGAUCAUCUGUAAGCUUGGCGGGGAGCUCUGGGCAGUUGAUAUACCACUGAAGUCCCUCAUGGUCGUCGGGAUUGAUAUCAACAAAGAUGCAGUCAAUAAAGGAAGUUCAGUUGUUGGAUUUGUGGCUAGCACUAAUUUCACGCUUACUAGGUGGUUCUCUCACUGCAUGCUGCAGAAGCAUAACUCAAGCGUGAACGUAGCGGAUUGUUUGAAAAUUGGCAUGAAAGGCGCCCUAAAUAAGUGGCAGAAUUGUAACGGGCAGUUACCUGCACGCAUAAUCGUGUACCGCGACGGUGUUGGAGAUGGCGACCUAAAGAUGGUGGUGGACUAUGAAGUCCCACAGAUGCUUAGUAUCCUUAAUGAAUGCAGUGGUGAUCACAGGCCCAAACUAUCUGUGAUAGUUGUCAGGAAGAAAUGCCUGCUCCGCUUUUUUACUGAGGCCAACAGGAGCCUACAAAAUCCUCCAGUUGGGACCAUUAUUGACACAGAGGCCACUCGGCCCGAAUGGUAUGACUUCUUCUUGAUUAGCCAGCUUGCUCGCCAGGGUACUGUUAACCCCACACAUUAUAACGUGGUGUACGAUGACAAUGGGUUAAAGCCGGAGCAUAUGCAACGUCUCACAUACAAGAUGUGCCACCUGUACUACAACUGGCCUGGCCUAAUCCGAGUGCCAGCUCCUUGCCAGUAUGCCAACAAACUGACUUUCCUGGUAGGUCAGAGCAUCCACCAAGAGCCAAGCCUGGAGCUAGCCAACAAGCUUUUCUAUUUGUGA